UGUUAAACUCUAUGUUCACGGUACAAAGGUGAUACCAAAAAUGAUUAGAAUUAAUUUGACGGCUGGAGGGAUUACCCACAACUACCAGAUCCUAGCAUGACUGCCGUCAACAAUACCCAGACGGCUUAUAGACCCUCGGCUAGCUUAAUACUAGCAGGCAGACAGCCGUCCACAGCCAAGGAGCAGUUUGAUUACAAACUCUUACUGAUCAAGCGUACGGAACGCACAGCUUUUGCUCUAAAUCACUGCGUCUUUCCCGGUGGCGUUCUUGACCCCAAGGCAGAUGAAUCCCUCGAUUGGCUGACAUAUUUCCACGAUUGUGGCGUUAGCCAGGCACAAUUGGAUCUUUUGAGCAGUCGCCAAGCCACUGACAGACCAGAUCUAUUCAGCCGCGGCGAGCAUUUCACUCGAGACAUCUCGCUGCGCCUAACUGCGCUGCGGGAGACCUUUGAGGAAGUAGGAAUUCUACUGUGCCGGAACAGUCCGAAGGAUCUGGAGAUUGGUCAACCGGCAGAGGUAUUGGUGCAACCGUUCGAGCGCCAGUUUUGGCAACAGCAAGUCCACAACAAUGCCCAACAGUUUUUGGAGCUCUGUCGCCAUUUGGCUGUGAUACCCGAUCUGUGGUCACUCAGUGAGUGGUCCGUUUGGCGCACCCCAGCUUCGGCAUCGAGUAAAAAGUACGAUACAGUCUAUUACUUUGCCGCCUUGAAAUCGAACAGUGUCGAUUUGCUGCUCGAACCAAGCGAGGUGGACACGGCUCACUGGCUGGAUCCGGGCGACUGCUGGCGCGCUUCACAAGAGGGUGUCAUCUGGUUGCCUUAUUUACUGCUCUACGAGACGGCGCGUCUGAUGAACCUGGAGCGCUGGCACCAUCUCUUACAGUUUGCCCAUCGUCGCAGCUCUCGUGGCAGCCUGCUGAUGCAACCGAUCUAUUAUCGAACCAUUGACUGCCUAAUUGGCGUACUGCCUGGGGAUGAGCUCUACGUGGCCGAGCCGCACAAUUACACCGAGUCCAUCAUACUCUCGACUUCCUUAAAUGAACUUAAUGCCCAGGCCAAGCGCUACAAUCGCUAUAUGAUCUAUGGUUUCCAGCGUGUCGACUUUGCCUGCAAUGUUGCGCCCCAGGAUGGACAUCUCCAGCUGCAACCGAUUGUCAAUACCCGAUUAUCUAAGUUAUAAUAUGGUUUUUUGUUAAUAUAUGCAUUAAUAUAUAGUAUAUAUAUGAUUUCCAAAAGUGAACUACUGAAAAGAUAUUGAGCUUUUCCCAUGAUGUUAUAAUAUAAUAAAGUGAUUUUUGAACUGUACAACAUUAA